UCUUCCUGUUGCUUUGUAGCAUCCUGCGGUUUUGAGGAGUGUUGUUAAUACAGUAAAUAAUAUUAAGACUUGUCACACAUUCUUUCUCCUUUAUACGGAGGGUUUUUGGUCGAACGUAUUGGGGAUCCUGGAAUUUAUUGUGAAUCACAGUGAAUGGUAGCUAUUAUUAUGAUGGGUCCUGACUCCUGCCCGUUUUGAAAUUAUGCUUUGACUGCAAAACAGCGGAGCAGAUUCACUGGACACCAUUAUCAACAAGCAUCUUGUCCAGCAUUUUCUCCUUGUGGUGUAAUAUACAAUGGAUGAACGGGACAGCGAUAACGAGGACGCUCAUGAUGAGGAUGUCGAGCAGGAGUUUGUGGAUCUUCCAGAAGAACCCUCCGUUUUGAAAGCCAGUGAUUUUGCUGGUGACAGUGACGACCAUCGUCUUGCUCGUGCUCUGAAGCAAGAUGAACUGGACGCAAAAUUUGGUUUUGAGCGCUACAGAGAACCAGAAGUGCGAACUGGAUAUCUCCUCAACAUGCAUUCCAACGAAGUAUUAAAUGAGGAAACCAAAAAGCUGACUGCUGUCGUGGAUUACUUCUUCGUUGACGAGCUAAACGAGCGUUUCAAGGUUGGCAUGCCGUACCAUCCAUAUUUUUUUAUCAAGACAAAAAGGGAUUGUGAAGUGGAAACAUGCACGUAUCUGCAACGAAAGUUCAGUCAUUUGCUAACAUCGGUUGAUGUGGUGAAAAAGGAGGAUCUUGAAUUGUUGAAUCACCUUAGCGGUCUCCAGCAAAAAUACAUCAAACUUUCGUUCCUUAAUGUCAGUGAUUUGAUGAAAGUUCGCAAGGAGCUGAUGCCGAAAAUUACAAGAAAUCGCAAUCGCCAUAAUGCUAGCACGAAUACGUACGGAGAGGCCAAUUUAAAUUUUCUGGGUGGUUUGGAUUUGGAUUAUGUACAGGAUUCCCGAAGUGACCCUAUCGAAAAUAUAAUCGAUAUCCGGGAGUUUGAUGUACCAUUCCAUGUCCGUGUGGCCAUUGAUAAGCAGAUAUUCUGUGGCUUGUGGUAUGACGUGACCCCGCAGGCUGGACCUUGUGUACCGCCUGUAAUGGAGUUCCGAGAUGACAUUCAGGAGCCUCCAGAUGUUGUGGUGUGUGCCUACGACAUUGAAACCACAAAAGAACCCUUGAAGUUUCCCGAUCCAUUAAAAGACAAAAUCAUGAUGAUUUCAUAUAUGAUUAACGGACAGGGAUUUUUGAUUGUAAACCGGGAAAUCGUGUCCGAUGAUAUCAGUUCGUUCGAGUAUACUCCAAAGCCAGAAUUCGAGGGUGUUUUCUCCAUUUUCAACGAGCCUGAUGAAUCUCAUUUAUUGUCAAGAUUCUUUGGCCACCUUCUAAAGACUCAGCCGGUCAUUUUCACAACGUACAACGGUGAUUUUUUCGAUUGGCCAUUUAUCGAAGCACGAGCGCGAGCGAACGGUAUCAGCUUGUAUGAUCAACUGGGUUUCGCCAAAACCGGGGAAGAUUUCCUUUCCCAUUCCGCUGUCCAUAUGGAUUGUUUCAAAUGGGUAAAGCGUGAUAGUUAUCUCCCAGUGGGCAGCCAGAAUUUGAAAGCGGUCUGCAAAGCCAAAUUGAAGUACAAUCCCGUGGAACUUGACCCCGAGCUGAUGGUGCAAAUGGCCCGGGAGCAGCCGCAGAUUCUGGCUAAUUACUCCGUGUCGGACGCCGUUGCCACUUAUUACCUGUACAUGAAAUAUGUGCACCCCUUUAUCUUUGCACUCUGUACCAUUAUUCCCAUGGAACCGGAUUCUGUUUUGCGGAAAGGUUCAGGAACGUUAUGUGAAACCCUCCUGAUGGUUGAGGCACACAAAGCAAACGUUAUUUUUCCGAAUAAACACAACUCUAUGUUGCAUAAACUGACUAAGGAUGGUCAUGUUGUGGAAUCGGAAACGUACGUUGGAGGUCACGUGGAGGCCCUGGAGGCAGGGAUUUUUCGUGCUGAUUUGCCUUUGAAAUUUCGUUUGAACCCCGAGGGAGUGCAGACGCUUAUCGACAGCCUGGAGAAAACAAUCACUCAUGCUAUCGUGGAGGAAGAAAAACUCGAUAUGACUAAGGUCAAGAAUUUCGCUGCUGUCUGCGAUCAAAUUCGUGAUCGUUUGGUGGAUCUGCGGGAUAAUCCAAUUCGCCAAGAGCAUCCGUUACUGUAUCAUUUGGAUGUGGCCGCUAUGUACCCGAAUAUUAUUCUGACCAACCGCUUGCAACCUUCGGCGCUGGUUAUCGACGACACUUGUGCGGGAUGCCAGUUCAAUCAACCAAAGAACGAUUGCCGGAGAAAAAUGAAAUGGACUUGGCGUGGCGAGCAUAUGCCGGCAACCCGAAGUGAAUUCCACAGAAUCCAGCAGCAGCUUGAAACUGAGAAGUUUCCUCCAGCUGCCCCAAAUCGUCCUCCGCGCGCAUUCCAUCAGCUGUCUCGAGAAGAAAAAACAACAUACGAAAAGAAACGCCUCACAGAGUACUGCCGAAAAACAUACAAAAGGUUGUACAUUACCCGGGAGGAGCCGCGGGAAUCGGUUGUGUGCCAACGAGAAAACAGUUUCUAUGUGGACACCGUCCGUAUGUUCCGUGACAAACGGUAUGAGCAUAAGGACAACCUCAAGAAAGCCAAACAAGACGUACUUGAAGCACAACGAGCCGGAAAUUCCGAAAGAGAAAAGAAGGCUCGAGCCAUGGAAGUGGUUUAUGAUUCCCUGCAGCUUGCACACAAAUGUAUCCUGAAUUCUUUUUACGGCUACGUCAUGCGGCGCGGUGCUCGCUGGUACAGUAUGGAGAUGGCUGGUAUUGUGUGUCACACGGGUGGAUCAAUUAUCAAGCGCGCGCGACAGAUCGUGGAACAGAUUGGUCGGCCCUUGGAACUGGACACCGACGGGAUUUGGUGUGCCAUUCCCAAGUCGUUCCCGGAAACCUUUAAGCUGGAAGUGGAGGGAAUGCCGAAAGGCGCUACGAUAAACUACCCCGGUGUCAUGCUGAAUAUGAUGGUGCGGGAUGAGUUUUCCAACCCGCAGUAUCAGGAGCUGACUGAUCCGGCCCAUCUAAUUUAUUCUAAACGUACGGAGAAUUCCAUUGCAUUCGAAGUGGAUGGACCUUACUUGGCUAUGAUUCUGCCGGCUGCCAAAGAAGAAGGGAAGAAGUUAAAGAAACGUUAUGCAGUUUUCAAUUUUGAUGGGUCGUUAGCGGAGUUGAAGGGAUUCGAGGUGAAGCGACGUGGAGAGCUGCAGCUGAUUAAACUGUUCCAAACGGCGGUUUUUGAAACGUUCUUGCUUGGAGAAUCUCUGCAAGAGUGUUAUGCUGAAGUGGCCAAAGUGGCCGAUAAUUGGUUGGAUAUUUUGCACACAAAGGGAGGAACGUUGGCGGAUUCUGAACUGUGUGACCUUAUUGCGGAAAAUCGUAAUAUGUCUAAAAGGAUUUCCGAAUACGGUGCAUUGAAGUCGACAUCUAUCAGUACGGCCCGAAGGUUGGCGGAAUUCCUUGGGGAAAGCGUCAUCAAGGAUGCUGGAUUAAACUGCCGAUACGUGAUUGCGAAAAAACCUGAAGGAGCCCCGGUAACUGAGCGCGCUAUUCCGUUAGCGAUUUGGCGGGCUGCUAGACACAUACGACUACACUAUCUGAAAAAGUGGCUGAAAGUGCCGGUUCUGGAAUCUGAUGAUAUUCGCGAUAUUCUCGACUGGAACUACUACAUUGAACGACUCAAUGGUGCGAUCCAGAAGAUCGUCACUAUUCCGGCCGCAUUACAAAGCAUCCCCAAUCCUGUGCCCCGCGUUCCGUACCCGGAUUGGCUCCACAAACGCAUGCAGGAGCAUAACGACAUCUUCAAGCAAAAGCGGAUUACCGAUAUGUUUAAGCCGGUGAGUAAGCCCGCUGCCGUUGCGGAUGUUGUGGAUAUUGAAGCAAUUAAUGGGGAAUCCUCUUUACGACUACCUCCCGUGGUUAUGGUGUCAAGAAAGCGCAAGGCUGCGGUCAGUCCUGCUAAAACUGUCGCUGCUGCGCCGCAGCGUUGGCAGGAUGUCUUGGGGCAGCCGCCUCCUAAAGGCCAGACGUCCAGAGAACUGACUGAUUGGCUGGAUUUCCAUCGGCAAAAAUGGGCGUGGAUGCGGCGUCAUAAAGAAACCCGGAAGAAAUCCAGAACGCUGAAUUAUGAUUCUGGAAUCGUUGUAAGCGGCGCGAGUGUGGGGGCAUUCGUGCAGCAAGCGCGCAAAGAUGUCAUCGAAAAGAAUUGGCACGUGGUGCAGAUUGCCGAAACCGGAAGUCCGGGAUUGUACAACGUUUUUGCCUUAAUCGACAAUACUAUGCACACAAUUCGGCUGAAAGUUUAUCGGUUGUUUUACAUAAAUCGACGCUUUCCCAAACCAGUUAGCGAUGGUAGAAUCGUGCAGAAAGUCAACAAGAUUCUGCCUCGCUCGAAACGCGGCGACCAUGUUUACGAGUACCGAGUAGAAGAGGAAGCCUUCCAAAAACAUCAAAAUGAAUUGCUCAAUGACUUAACCGAUCCGUCGGUAGAAGGCAUUUACGAGACGCAGAUUCCGUUAAUGUUUCGCAUGUUGUGCAGUAUGGGUAGCGUCUGUCGAAUUGUUCCACAAAAAAGGCGGGGAGUCGCAAGACGCGAGUCGGACGUGUAUUUCCUGGAGGAUAUCGAACGGGUAUUGGACGAGAAUGUGGAAUAUCUGCCCAAUGGAUCCCUAAAUCCUGUUUAUUUCUUUCAUUAUAAAAUGGACAGAAAAGAACUGUUUGCAUUAGUUUACGUCAAGCAAAGGAAGGAGCUCAUUAUCGCUAAAGAUAUCCGGAAAGAAAAUCAUUUCCCGGCUAAGCUGGACAGAAUGUAUAAGACCAUGCGGCAACAGUUGGUCGAAGAACAUGGAGACGAAUGCCUGCCUCCGGAAGAUCAGGAGUUUAUUAACAAACAUGUUGAAACCGACAUAAAAAGGAUAUAUCGUAUGUUGGACAAGUCGCUGACAGACUAUAUCGCACAACGACACGGUUCCAGCGUAGUUUUCCUUCAUGGUAGCCAUCAUGCGUCUUUCUGGAUUGAGAACAUUCCGGCUCUGGGACGUCUUCCAAUUGUUCCCACGUAUCAGCAUGAGGACGAGCGUGUGGAUACGGAAAUAUACAUGAACUGGCAGCCUAAAGCUUCGGAGAAAAUGUUGCAGCGGUUUCUAGAAUUACACUCUGUCGUGGAGAGUUCACUGGAAAAAUGCCGCUUUUUUGAUAUUCCAUGGGGGAAUUCGCCAAAAGAUUUUGCGGUAUUUGGAUGCGAUUUAUUUUAUGCACGUCUCCUUCAAAGACAUAAUUUGAUCAUGUGGGGAACGCCCAAAGAACGUCCUGAUUUUGGCGGCAAGGAGACUGAUGAUAUCAGAUUAAUUGCCGAAGACGAAGAGAAAGUUCUUCAGAUCAGCCAACCGCGGCUGUAUCCCACAUGCACAGUUAAAAUGGAAGUGGAGCAUUUAGCGGUGUGCGCAAUAUUAGUUGGACACCACAUUCACAGUUCGGAAGGGAUUGCUGAGUCCAUCAAUUUCGAUCGCGCACCUCAGGUUCGCUUAGAAGAGCAGAUUAAAACGGGCAUUCACGUGGUAGAUGUCGCUCCGUAUGACGAAUCGGCCCAGGUCCAGUACGCUUUCGAUAUCCUCGGCAGCAUGGUACGGAAUAUCACCCGCGAAGCUGAAAGGGGCAACCAGCUUGCCAACGAAAUGGCGCUGCAUAUCUUCCGAUGGAUACGUUCUUCCACAUCCUUGCUGUAUGAUCCCGCAUUGCACCGCAAGAUGAUCGGCAUCAUGAGGAAAAUGUUGAUCAAACUGGUGAAGGAUAUUAACAGCUUCGGGUGUCAUGUUGUAUAUGCGACGGCUGUUAUGAUGGUGGUCAAUACCGAUAAAGGAAAUGUGCACGAAGCUCUGGCGCAGCUGAAAUUCACCAUGGAUCGUGUGCGUCAGGACCAGUUAUUUCAUGGAUUGAGCAUUGUACCGGAAAGGAUAUGGACUACAUUAUUGUGGCUAGAUGCGUCCAACUAUGCUGGUGUUUCCGUGAAAAUGCCCGAAGAAUCGGAUUCUAGUCGUAUACAUGAUCGGACAUUCGGAGACUACUUCGGGGAUAUGAGCUAUUUCAGCCAGGAACAAGGCGACGAGAAUAAUCCGGACAUUCGGUGGGUGUGGAAUCUCAUGGGAUUUCUCCCAACCGAAUGCCAGAAAAUGUUCCGAGGUGUCGUUACGGGCUACGUCAUGCAGGCCAACUUGCAGUAUCAGGAGUAUUUUAAGAAGGUUGCCAAAGGUGAAAUUGUCCCCCGUCGGUAUUUCGAAGACGAAGAUCACGAAGCAGAAGCGCCUGUGGUGUAUCUACAGCAGCUGCUGCUUGGAAGCGUUCAUCACAGCAUAUUGCAAAAUAUCCAAGCAGUCAUGCGUACUAUGCCAACCGGCAUUCGUCGAAUUGACGGCAAAGAAGUGAACCUGUUUCCUGUUCUGCCUGGCUCGCAUCUGAAUAUGCAGAAUCCUGCACUGGAGUUAACGAAAGCCGUGUGCAAGGUGUUAAGUUUACAUGUGGAUGUGAAGGAUGAAGUGCGUAGGAUGAAACGUGAUCUGCUAAAGAUGAUUGGAGUGGGGGAAUUCUCCCCGCAGGCAGAAUGGAUUGAUCCUUGUUUGACGUACACUUUGCCGGAAGUCAUUUGCUCGGAAUGCAAUAGUUGUCGCGAUCUUGACCUUUGUAAAGAUCAGCCGAUCACAGUGGAAGAUAGCACGUUUUGGGUUUGCGCCAAUGCAGAUUGCGGGCGUCCUUAUUCUCGGGAAGAGAUACAGCAGCGCCUUUUUGUAGCUCUUAAGAAGAUGAACGUUGCUUACCACUUGCAAGAUUUGGUCUGCUCGAAAUGCCGACAGAUCUUUGAUCGCCAUGUGUCGAAGACUUGCGCCUGCGCUGGACAGUUUCGGAAUACGGUAACACGGGAGUCCUUUCUGGAUAAGUUGAGGAUACUGGAGAAUAUCAGCAGGCACUUUGAAAUGACGGCUCUGUGUGAUACGGUCUCGUGGAUGCUUUCCAUGAAUACUUUUGGGCAGAAGCCUCAACAAUGAAACGCCCUGCGCUUCACAAGCCUUUCUAGAGGUUUUCUUCGUUGAUUUGAAUUGUUUUUAACCAAGAAAAAAAGGUUCUCUUGUUGUUUGUGCUCAAAAUUGUGUCUACGUAAAUUGUUUAUCGUUUACUGCUUGUUAUGGAUGAUGUUACUCGUUCGCUGUUG